GUGAUCCAGGCAAGGAGAAAAAGUCAUUGGGCGGGACUCGAGCUUUUGAGUCCUUCCGCCUUUGUGACCUCCUGAGCGAGGAGUGACAGCCGCGCUGAAAGAGCAAUGGGUCUGCUGUCAGAGAUGAAGCUGGCUGUGCCCUGGGGUCACAUUGCUGUCAAAGUCUGGGGCUCCCAGAAGAACCCUCCAGUUCUCUGCCUGCAUGGCUGGUUGGACAACGCCAACUCCUUUGACAGGCUCAUUCCUCUUCUUCCACAAGGUUUUCAUUAUGUGGCCAUGGACUUCGGAGGUCAUGGUCUCUCGUCCCAUCACCACCCAGGUUUCCCAUAUUACCACCAAAGUUUUGUGAGUGAUGUCCGACGGGUGGCAACAGCCUUUAAAUGGAUCCAGUUCUCCAUCCUGGGCCAUAGCUUCGGUGGCUUUGUGGGCAGCAUGUUCGCCUGCACCUUCCCCGAGAUGGUGGACAAACUUAUGCUGCUGGACACAUCGCCAUUUGCCCUGGACUCUAAUGAAAUGGAGAACAUCCUGACCUACAAACGGAGGAACAUAGAACACAUGCUGAAGGUGGAAGCUUCCCAGAAGUCCCCGAGGGUGUCCAGCCCUGAGGAGCUUUUGCAGGGGUUCCUGGCUAACAACAGCCACUUGAGUAAAGAGUGUGGGGAACUCCUACUGCAGAGAGGAACCACGAAGGUGGGCACAGGUCUGGUACUGAACAGGGACCGGAGGAUCUCUCUGCCAGAGAACGUCAUUGACUUUGUCAGCAAGGAAAUGUUUGCAUAUUAUACCAGAAGCCUGCAGGCCAAUGUGUUACUGAUCAAAGCAACACAGGGGUACUUUGAUGUGAGACGAGAGAAUGAUGUGAACAAGGAGCCACUCCUCCUCAUCCUGGACAUGCUAAGAGCCAUCUUAAAGGAGCGGUUCCAGUAUGUGGAAAUCCCAGGCAAUCACUAUGUCCACAUGAAUGAGCCCCACCUUGUGGCUGGAUUCAUCAGCUCUUUCCUACAGAGCCAACUCAGGACCUCUUCAAGGCUGUAGCUCUGGCCUUGGAGCUGUUCACACUGUCUACCUAGCACCCUCUGCCCACAAAAUAGGUGGGGUGGGUCUCACUGUGCUCGAUACCAAAAGAGGCAGCAGAGAAUCCUGUGGCAGAGCUAGAAGCAAGGAAAAAUAGAAUAUUCUAACCUUUAAUACGCGGCUUCAGGAAGGGCACAGUGAUCUGGGGCUUACAGUUGGUGAGCUCUACUAAGCUGGUGCCACUGAGGG